UUCGUUCGUGCCGAACGAUAACGUUUUUCGCAUCGCACGCGAUAACGACGUUUAUCGCGCGUAGUCCCGAUCGGGCAAUUUAUCGAACGCGAUCUCCGGCGAACGAUUACUCCGCGUCGAUCCCCCGAGUCACGAUCGCGAAUUUUUUUUUUUUUGUUUUUUUUGUUUUUUUACCCGCGGGUAACGAAAAAUAUACGAGACGCGCGCGCGCUCUUUGCCGUUCUUUGUCGCGCUUUUUUGAAAAAGGGAAUCAGUCGCGCGUGUAAAUAGAACACACGUGGUGUGUAUACGUGUGCGUUCUCUUCGAGCGCGAUAUAAUAACAGAUUGCGUCAACAAAAAUCCGUGAAUCAUCCGCGCAAACAUCCACGUAGUGUAGAUAAACGAGCUGUCGGAGAGAGACGCGCGAGGUCUCGGAAAAGUCUCGAGACUUCGAAAGACCAGAAAGUCCAAUGCGCGAUCUCUUUAACGGACUCCUCGCGACGUUCGAGUGACCACACAUAGACAGAAGGAUAUAUGUAUGUUUGUGAUUCUUCUUUGCUUAGACAAUACGUGCUUUGUAUACAGAAGUAAUUAGAAGAUCAUUAGGGUGUGACAUAAAACACGGAGUAUCCCGUGGACAAGACAGAGAGAGAGAGAGAGAGAGAGACAGAGAGAUAGAAUCGCUCCCGAAGAUACCUUUAUUAUCUAUUGAACAGCGCGAUAACGUCGCGCGCACGUCAAACUGACAGAUCAUUGUCGAUUGCUUGCACGAGCGAGCUUAUUAAAGCGCGCGGAGGUUCGUUAAAACGGUAUCCCGUCGAUUAGACGCUGCUCGCGCGGCGUCUCCGCUUUCUCUCGGAUCUUCUUCUUUGUGGAGCUGCUCCUUCGGUCACGCGCGUCGAGUUCUCAAAAGAACGACGAUACAAAAGCGGACGGGAUAUCGGAGCGAAGGAAGUAUAACCGGAGAGAGGUGCGACACGCGAGACCGAUUCGACGCGCGUCUCAUUCUGUGUUUUGAAGCGUUUCUUCGCGCUGGUGAAUGGUGAUCGUCCUCGUCGAGAAUAAGAUCUCUUUCUCGAGAGAAGGAAACUCGAAAUAGCCGACGGCGAACUAAUCUCGUCGCCGUUUCGGACAACGCGAGCGAAAGGACGUUCGACGACGAGGAGAAGGAGGAGAAGGAGGAGGAGGAUUUUUAUCGUCUCGCGAUUCCGCGUCGACGAUUUGAGGAAAAAUCGUCGUCGUCAGGUGUCUCGGAGAGACAUGGGACUGGUGGAGCGAGAGGCCGAGAUGCAGGAAUUGAAAGCUUCCAGACCCGGAAGAUCCCGAGAUCUUUUCGGAGUGCAAUUGGAGGUCACUUCGCUACUCUUGGAGGGCGAGCGUCGUAAAUUGGCUGUCUUGCAAAGAGAAUUGCAAGCAGCUCUUGAGGAAGGUGGAAGCGUAAAGGUGAAGGAGAAGCAGCGACAGGAAUUGCUACACGCUAUAUCGAAAAUUCAAGGGCAACACGAGCAACUCGACAAGGAGUACAGGAUCCACGCCGCCGGUGUUCUCCUAUGCAACUCGAGGGGCUCCGGAAAGAUAAGUUGAAGGCGAAUACGGGCAAAAGAGCUUCGGCCGCGAAAGUACGCGGAAAAUGGAAUAGCAUGCGAACUUUAUUAUUAGAGACAACGGACACAUUAACGAAGCGACGCAAAGUUGAUCGGAGACCGACCAUUAUCCCUUAGUUCUUGC